GGGAAAAAAAACGACAUAUGAAAGAAAAAACUGGUUAAAUUUUGAGAUAUAAAAGACCUAUAAAGAGACUUUAAGGAAAUGAAGAUCGCUUUUAAAUUAGCACUGUCAUUAGCCGUAAUGGGCCUAGUACCGGAAAUCGACGCAGGUUGUUGUCAAAACGGCUGGAUACAAUAUGAAGAUCAUUGCUACUUUAUCGAUUAUGAGACCCGUCUAACAUUUGCUGGAGCAUGGUUACUCUGCUCCAGUUAUGGUGCUUACCCUGUGCGACUUGACACAUUUGCUGAAUACGAGUUCUUGAGAGGCUUUUUAAAGAAGACUCAAGCAAUUACUCCAUGGAUUGGAUUGACUGACAAGGCCUAUGAAGGAAUAUGGAGAUGGUAUGGCACAGAGACCCACGCUACAUUCUCUGACUGGGGCCCUGGAGAACCCAAUAAUAAUGGCAAUGAAGAUUGUGUACAAUUAUAUUCAGGCUAUGACUACAGGUCGAACGAUACGCCAUGUCAUGGACAACUUACACCACUGUGUGAAAAAGACUCAAUAUAAAAAAAAUCAAGAAGAUAUUGCUAUGCUUACUUAUCAUUAUCACAUUUUAUAAACCUUGAUGUUAGCAUUUUUUAAAGAAAAAUAAAAUAAGUGAGUCUCUAUACAUGUUAUGUGUUUUCGAGGAACAAUUUUACGAGGUAAACACUUUUGAAUUUUAUAAACUUUCAAUUUAAGAUACAUGAAAAUAACUGUUACAAUGCCUAGUACGCUUAUAACGCAUGUAGUAUACAUGAGUAUUACACUAGAAGGUUAAAAGGAGUCCACUGAUAUUUUUAUUGACAGGACGGGACUGGAAAUAUUUUUCUAAAUGUGUGUACCAAUUGAUUUAGGUCAAGAACCAAUAACUUGUAAAAUUUCAGGUCAUUCAAUUUUACCGUUUUUGUUCCAGAAUUAUCAUUAUUAUUUUACAAAAUGACCUUAAAUUUCAAUGCGUUCCAAAGCUUUUCAGUCAAAACCGACU